UAUGCAUAACAUCAAUCUAAAUCGUGCCCUGUAAUCAUUUAUGUUGUCAUAGAGUACACAAGCAUUUAACCAUCUACACAUUUACUUACACCAAAUGCACACUUCAACCCUUUUGCGAGAAUAUUUAGUUAGUCAGAAAAAAAAGGUUAAUAACGUGUCAAGACACUUAAGCACUGUUCAUAUUGGCAUGUCACGUGCCGCUACUCCUCACUAUUCAUUACUACCACAAGUGUCAAUGUAAUGAUGCCUUCGAAAGCUUUUCGUUUUCGACGCAAUGGCUACGAGGAUCUGGAUAAGUGCAAUCAAUCAUCAGAGGAAAGUCUACCCCGCUUAGCGUGCGUUGAGAGUCGAACACAAGCGGCAGCCGUUCCAGCAUUUGGUCAACGAAAUCAACCAAAGCAUCGCAUUUUCUCAAUUUCCGACACGGCAUUAAAUCUUACGCCAACGGUGACAUCUAACACCAAACACCAUCCAGCACCUGCAAGCAGCCUGACCCAACACCAAUCGUCGUCGCCGUCGUCGUCGUCGUCGCCGUCGCCACGUUGCGCCCUCCGCAAUCAAUCAACGCAGAGUCUCAAUAAUGGUAUUAGCCUUGGUUCAAUUGUGCUGGUGCGUUCACAUGGCACUUGCACCGCACAAGACUGUGGCGGAGGCGCUGGGCAAAGUUGCUCCAGCUUCAACCUUGGAUACCAUCAUGUCACCAAGAAGCAAAGUAGCGUUGCCGCCGCCAAAAAGUGGGAAUGUGGGCGCAAGCAAAAUAUUCGUUUACUUUGCUUUACAUUAUUUUAUUGCGUUUACUUAGCAAUUGGCAGUGUUUGCUUUCAAAUUGUGGAAACACCGGUCGAAGGGGAAUUGCGUACUGCUGUGCGUUUGCUGCGCGCCAACUUCCUGCAAAAGUAUCCUCAAAUAUCGGACGAAGAUCUCGAAGAGUUUCUCAAAGCUGUGAUUACGGCUAACGAUCGCGGCAUAUCACCGUUGCGCAAUGCCACAAAUGAAAUGAACUGGAGCUUUGGUCAAGCAUUCUUCUUCUCCAGCACGGUGAUAACAACAAUCGGAUAUGGCCAUGUAACGCCACUUAGCCAAACAGGGAAAAUAUUUUGCAUAAUUUAUGCAGCCAUCGGCAUUCCACUCACGUUGGUGCUAUUGAGUGCUAUGGUGGAGCGUCUAUUAGUACCGGCCAGUUGGUUGUUGGGCAUUCUGAAUUCCAAAUUGGGUCAUCUCUAUCAGCCCUUCAAUAUACGGCUGCUGCAUCUAAGUGUUGUGGCCAUCAUUGUGAUUAUCCUAUUCUUCGCCAUACCAACGGCUAUCUUCGCUUACAUCGAACCAGCCUGGGGUGCUUUGGACUCAUUCUACUAUUGUUUCAUUUCGCUAACAACUAUUGGUUUGGGCGAUUAUAUACCCGGUGAGGGUGUUACUAUUGGCAAUCGUUCGAUGUAUAAAAUAUUCAUAAGCAUUUACUUAAUUUGCGGUCUCAUUGCAAUGAUGUUUGUGCUGACAAUCUUCUAUGAUAUACCGCAAUUAAAUCUUGGUCAACUCUUCACCGAGAGCACAAAUGGCGAAACGGAAAAAUUACGUUUGUCCAGCAAUAAUACAACUUGCUACUCCGGACCCUCUGGACUAUACAUGCCACAACGUGAUGAGGAUACUAGACGCGCGGUGGUACGUAUACGACCACAUGGUGACGAUUCGCCCAGUCCCGAUGAUGCGCCAUCCUCGCUAAAUAGCGAUAUGAGAGUACCAUAGAUUGCAAAGCAAUAAGACGUACAUACAUAUGUACAUACAUAAGUAUGCGGAGAUAUAAAUGAAGCUGGUUUUAAAAAAGCGCCAACUAUGUAAAGGAAACAUUGUCACAUGUGGCGUUGUCAGACCCACUCACUAUAUAUCCUAGAAACAUUGAAGGAAACAUUACAAAACUACUUAAAUAAAUCCAUAAUCAUAUCUUAAGGAAAUCACACAUACAUACAUAGUAUGUAGCAGUUAAUCUUAAAGUAUGUAUCUAAAUCUUGAGAUAGAUCACACAUUUGUUUAUAUGAAUUUCACCUCUAACAACAAGAGCAACAACAAAGACAAAUCUUUCAAAUGUACAAAACGAACAGAAUACAAUACAAAGAAGACCUAUUUAAACUUCAUACAUACAUAGCACAUACAUAUAUAUGUACUAAAAUAAUUACUAUCUACAAUACUAAGAAAAAUGAUCUUUGCGACUAUCAUAGCAUCAAGUAAACUGUUAAAAAAAAAUUAAUUUGUAAACUAUUGUUGAAUUAGUUAAUGCUAACCUGCGAGUGAUUGUAUCUUUAAAAAAUAUAGGAACAUUAUCAACAUAGUUAAAGUAUAGCAGCAGCAAAUAUGGGCUCUAGACAAAUAUGUAUGUAUUCGCCUCUUUUUGUAUACAUACUCAAAUAUGGAAAAGAAAGAAAACUAUGCAGAUGUAUUUAUCAAUAAGUUCUAAAUUUUUUUUCCUUUUAAGGAUAUGUUUUCAUAAACAAUCAUCUCUUUACAGUAAGGGUUAUGUACUCUAUUCUCAGCCGUAAAAUUUCGGUGGUAGCGACGAAAUUCUUUUCUAUUAGACAAUUUAAGCAACAAUACUUUUUAAUUUGUUUGUAUUUUUAAUUGCAAAAGCUAAGAUACACAUCAGCUAAAAUUUAUUUAAGAGUGAAGAAGGCAAAGACAAUUUUAGUUAUUAUAUAUCUAACUAGUAUUCAAAGGAAGACACAAUCAACCAUAAAAGCUGAAAUUUAGAUACAUAUUUAUGAAUGUGCGUCCACAAAUACAAGUAUGUAUUGUAUGUAUACACAUGUGCCCAUCAUGUUUGAGGUUAUGUUUAAUGUAGAAUACGUUAAAUAUAAUAUAUGUUCAUUUAUCAUAAAAAAUCAAGCACCA